CGUCUGAGACCGCCAUUCAGUGUUCGCCUGCUCUGCCUUGGCUCUAUCAUAUAUGUCGGGAUAUUGAAGACAGCGCCUUCCAACCCCCUACAACCUGCUCUGCGAUCGGAUGCAGUGCCGUCCCUCGACUGCUCUCCUCCUCUGGCUUGUGACCAGAUUUCUUCCGAUAUUUCCGACGCGAUGAGCGGUAGGAGGGGAACACUCGAGCAAGACGACCCCAGGCUCAUUGAGAGAAUACGCAGCCAGUAUCUGGACACACCAUCUCUGCAGCCGUACCAGCUCACGGUUGGCGACGACCCUUCACAGGGACAGUCUUCUGCUAUCAGGAAGAUAAUGGGCGAGUUUCGAGAUGGAUUCUUCGUCGAGUGUGGAGCGCUUGACGGGGAAACGCGCUCCAACUCGCUCGUCUUCGAGAAGACCCUGGGCUGGCGAGGCCUCCUGAUCGAAGGCGACCCCAAGAACUACGAAUUGGUGCGCAAGAAGAACAGGAAGGCGUGGACAGUGGGCGCUUGUCUCAGCACGAAGCCACAUCCUCAUUCCGUGAUGUUUAAACAGCAAUUCAACUUGGGCAAGAUAAGCAGCGAUGAGGUGAAUGCCACCUCACACCAGGCAGGCGUUAUCGAAGUUCAGUGUCUGCCCAUCUACUCCCUCCUGUUGGCACUCAACGUGACCACCGUCAAUUACUUCAGCUUGGACGUCGAGGGCUUCGAGUUGGAGGUCCUCAAGACCAUUCCUUGGGACAAAGUUGAUAUACAGACACUCUCAGUGGAGUUCGUUCAUGGUGCUUGGUCCAAGCUUGAACUGAAGCACUACAUGAAGCGACAAAAUUAUUGGUCUUACAAUGAAGUCGCUCUGCCUGAAGGAUGGGAGAACGAUUUCAUCUUCGUGAAGAACACCUACAAGAAAAAAGUAGAUUACCUGAAAAGCGCUCUUCGAUUGGAAUAGUCUUUGCAUUACCCCUACGUAACCUUCGUUUGCAUUACCACAUAAUGCUGCAAUUUGUAGCGGGCCAGAUAUUGGCCUCGUUUUGUGUACUAGGUUUCAAGUGCUCGAACCACUUUAAUUCGUGGUUCGAACCACUUCAAGGGCUCGAACAACUUAAAUUAGAGAUGUUUAUGCAAUUGAUGAAAUUUCAUGUAAGAGUAAUAAGAGAAUAUUUUUCAAGUCGAAGAAAUAUGAUGAUCAUCAUUGAUUACACUUUUUGAAUUCUCAUUGCAUUAAAGGGAAUUCACAUCUAGUUAAACGCACGUCAAGCUCUAAAUGAACAGGAUUUUGGUGUUUUUUUUUUAUUUAUUUUACUAAAAUGUCGAUGAUUGUUAUAAAACCGAAAAAACACUAUUUAUGUAAAAUUAAUGGGAGACUGUGUGGAACAAUCUGUGUGUAAAAAUUUGUGGAACAUGAUCUUGGCAGUGAUAUUAAGAGUUUAUUAUAUGAGCUUCUGAGUAUUGGACCAUUUAUCAAAUGGCUGAAGUAACUAUGAACAGCAAGAUAAAAAAUACUUCUUCUAACGACAAUCUAGGAGCUUUGGACUAGAAAAUGGCAGCUAUUACAUGCAUUAUGCAUAAGCUUACGUGCUGGUAAAAAGUUAGCCAGACUCACUAUAAGUUAGUUAGCCAGAGUUGUUAUACUAAUGUUAGCCAGACUAACUUUAAGUGCCUGUAUAAGGUACUGAACACGGGGAUAUUAUCCGAUUUGCUGGCUACUUACCUCGUUCAGAGGAAAGAGAAGCACUAGCUGCUUCAGCACCACACGAUAUAGUAAGUAGCAAGCAGCAGACUCGUAGAGUUAUAAAAAAGUUCAAGAUUCAUAUGACGGUAAGCGGCAAUUAGGGACUGAAUCAGCCGAGACGAGCGCAUUUGCAAGUUGAACUGGAUAACAUACUGGAUGACAUAGAUCAGCGUGCUGAUUGCGGAAUAGAUUUUAUUACUUGAAAUAAACGAAAGAAAUGUU